AACUUUAUUGGACUUAUGAAUGCGCUCUUGGAGCAGAACUCAUUUAUAUGUAGGGGACUUACUGUAUUCUGAAUAUGAUGAAUUUGGGGACAUCCUGAACCUACCUUGAAACUUGGUCCUUCAGAGUUCCUGGAAGUCCCACUUUCCACAUAUGUAACUAGGCAUUGAGAUUUUACAACAGUCCAUGAAGCUGUACAGGAUUAUUUGAAGGUUGGAGUAGAUGGAACAUCAUUCUGGCAGAAGGAUUCCAUCGUUCAACUUGAAAGAAAUCAACAGGGCAGAGGUGUAUGAACGUAAUAGAAAUGGUAAAAGUCAUCAUCAUCGUUGUAAUGAUGUUUCAAGUUUGACAUGAGUAAGAUCAAUUAAUGAGUCUGAACAAUCUUUGCAUCAUCAUUCAUCUGUCCAACCACAGGUAAGAAUCCACAAUGGACGGGAACUCUAUGACUGUGAGCAACAUAGGAAAGACUUCAGUGAACACUGGAAAACUCAAAAUGGAGGCAACACUUAACGAGCAUAAUGAGUAUGGAAAAAGCUUCCUUACUCCACAGAAGAAAACCUCUACUGUUGAAAAGUAUUCUGUGUUUAAUCAGUGUGGAAAAGCCAUCAUCCUGACUCCAGAUAUUGUGGACGGGAAAACCAGCAUUGGAGAGAAAGCCUUGGAAUGCAGUGAUGUGGCUGACCAGAUGUCAUUUGCAUGUGAAAAUUCUCCAUAAGCCAAGUUGACGUGUCAACCAGGAGUAGCUUAUUGAAGACCCUCCUCCGUGCAUCGCUCUUGCCCCUGCUCAUCAUGUUGUACAUGUGAAUACAAGGCUCUGACCCCUUUUUUUCUCAGAAUUGAGAAACGCAGUGAGGAGCUUAGAAAGACGACAUCAUCUCUCCCAUUGAGACAACAAGCAGGCUUGGUUCCUGCUUCAAAGAAACUGAAAUAAAUUCCACAACCUCAGCAUUGCUCUCCUUUAAGACAACCCAAUGUAGUGCAGACUCGACAUGGGCCCUCUGUGUCACCCCUGAGAGACUCAGGGACAAAGGACAAAGGGAACCAAUACAAACAGGCUAACUUUCCUUGGAGGAAGGGAAUAAUCAAGUCACUGGUCCAACAGUUUUGGUGAUGGAGACGUGGCUUCCUGGAAGAGGCAGAACAGUAGUGGCCAGGCUGGGUGGAAAGACAGUAAAGCAUCUGGAAUCCAGUAAUGAAAGCUCUUCCCCAGACAUUUGCCCAUGUUUGGGGCAAGAAGAGGGAACAAGGAUCCCUGCUGUCCUACUUCUUAAUGAGGCUCAACAGUAAGUGUAUCAGUAGUUAUAUCAGUUUCCUUUUCCUUAAUUUCUUAAUCUUAUUGUAGCAUUACUUUUUAUUUAUUUAUUUUUUUUGCGGUACGCGGACCUCUCACUGCU